UAUUUAGUGUAUAUACAUAUGCACAUAUUUGUUUCCUUCUAUGUAUACAGUAGUGCGUUAAGAGUAUUUCUGUGUUUGUGGCUAACAUUGAUGGAUUUACAUUGCUUUCAUCAUAAUUUCCAUGAAAAUUGCUGAAUAUGUUGUCCUUUCAAAUCUGGGCUCAUUAGAUUAUCAAUUAUUUAGAUUGGAAGCUUUGAGCCUUGAACCUGUUAUAUGCUCUUUCAUUGCAUUUCUUGAAAGGUUCAUCAGAUACAGUCUUGAAGAUGGAUUCUGUUCGGAGGUCCAAAUCAGCUAAAUAUGAGUGCUUGCUUUUUGAUAUGGAUGAUACUCUGUACCCCAUGAGCUCAGGUAUCAACUUGGCUUGUCGCAAGAACAUAGAAGGGUUCAUGUUGCAGCAUUUGCACAUGGAAGAAACUGAAGUACCAAGGUUGUGCUUCGAUUUGUACAAGGAAUACGGGACAACAAUGGCGGGUCUAAAGGCUCUUGGUUACGAGUUUGACAACGAUGAGUUUCAUGCUUAUGUCCAUGGAAGACUACCCUACGAUGUCCUCAAGCCCGAUCCAACUUUAAGGAACCUUCUACUCUCUAUGCCACAGCGCAAACUUAUAUUCACUAACGCAGACAAAGCACAUGCAGCUCAAGUUCUGAGCAGGUUGGGUUUGGAAGAUUGUUUUGAAGGCAUCAUAUGCUUUGAAACUCUUAACCCUCCCCUUGAACCAGUUUCUAAUUGCAUGGAUAUGCCAGAUGGUGAUGAUGCCGAAAUCACAGCUGGCGCAAAGGCCAAUGUUCCUGAUUGUGCAAAUCUCAGCUCUUAUUCACGAGUUCUCUGCAAACCCUCUGUGGAAGCCAUUGAAGCUGCUAUUCAAAUUGCAAAUAUUGACCCCAAAAAAACUAUUUUCUUCGAUGACAGUGCUCGAAACAUUUUGAGUGGGAAAGCAGCCGGACUUCAUACCGUUAUCGUGGGGAGCUCAACACUGGUGCCUGGUGCAGAUCAUGCCUUGACUAGCAUCCACAAUAUCAAAGAAGCACUACCUAAGAUAUGGGAAGGUAAAGAAGAACAGAUUGAGCAAGUUAUUCAGCCCGGUGCUGUUCCAACCGUUGUUCUGGCUUAGUUUUCACCUUAGCCAUACAUUUAUGUAUACCUUCUCAUACAAAAUUGUAGAAUAAAGUGUAUGCGGAAUGCCUAUGUUAAGCUUAUUCAAUUAUCAUUAAAGGAUAAAGAUUACAAAAA